AUGAAUCUGUUUAGGUAUGUAGAGAAAAUUUCUGCUUCAUCUUCAUCAAAUGAGCAUGUUGGUUCAAACGUUAUCUCAAGUGUUGAAGAUGAGUUUCUUAAUAACCCUGAUUUCAUGCUUAUUGGUUUCCUUGGAACCAUACCAACGACAAAGAAGGUUUUGGUUCUUGGCACAAUCACAGCUACAUGCACUGAUAAAAUUUGGUAUUAUAAUGGUUGUAACCACUGUAAGUCAGGUGUGGAGGAAAGAUUUGUAACGAAAGAAAAUGCGGAUGGUUCAUUUGAUGUUGAUCAUGCAAAAUCGUUGGUGUGUACAAAUGAUAAAUGUGAAGGAGUCGACAUCUAUUCUAUUCCGCGGUUCAAGAUACCUAUUAGGGUGCAAGACUCUUCCGGUACUGUGUCUUUGACACUGUUUGUUUUCGAAGCUUACAAGAUUCUUAAGAAAACUGCCAAAGAGUUACUUUCAAUCCAAGAUCAGGUUGUUAAUUCUGGAGAAAUACCGAACCCAUAUCCCGAGAUCUUUGACACAUUGAUUGGAAAGAGAUAUGCGUUCAUCAUAAGUGUUAAAGACUAUAACAUUGAGUGUCAGGAUGAGAUGUCAUGCUGUGGUGACAAUGUUACACCUGCAUCCCAACCACUUGUAGGCACUAACAAUCCCUCUUCUGAUGAAACAAAACGUAAUAUUCGUGAAGUGUUCGAUGUGGAUGAUGCAUUAGGUUGCUCCUCGACAAAGCGCCGCAUCAGUGAUGAACUUUCUCAGGAUGAAGAUGCUGGAUUAUCAGUGGAUGUGGCAUCUCCUUCUUUCAUGUAUGCAAUGUCAAAGAAUUCACGUUCAUCUUCUACAGCUGCUAAUUCAUCUCAACGAAAUUUACAUAGUCCUCUUAUGAGAACUCAUGUUUCAGAUAUCUCUAGCAGAUCUCCUCUUUCAGAUAUCACAAAUGUUACUUCACCGAAUAAAAGGCGUAAGCUUCGAAAAUUAAUACUUGAUAAUAAGAAAUUAAAGAAUGCAUCGUCAUCAUCAACGAAUGUUCGUAACAUCUUUUCUGACAAUGCAUAUUUGGUCGAAUGUUCUGAUACUACGGAUCAACAUAUGUACUCCAUUGCGUGUCGAGCAGUUAGAAAUGCUACUGGUUCUUUAAUUUCAACUACACCAGGUACACCUCUAGAUAGCAACCGUCGAUAUUCCAUUACUUCUAGCAUUAUUAGCAGUAACAAUCAGCCGAUAUUGGGUAGUAACUCUACCCUUACACGGCUGUCUUCUGGUAAACGUAACCUCGAGCGCAAGAAGCGUGAUAAUACUCCUGUACCUAUGCUCUCUUUGGAUUCAGAUCAAGACAAUGUGUUCUUGUGCACUGAUGAAGAUCAUUAUAAAGGGAUAUCUAAAGAUUAUUUGGACCAUGGUGACCAAGUGCUUACAUGUCAGCUUUGUAGUGCAAAAUUAUGCACAUCAGAAGGUGGAAAAGGUCGUUUAACUAUAAAUAAGCUAUGUUAUAGUAUGUGUUGUGGUUAUGGUAAAGUUCAGCUACCGCCUUUAAAGGAUGCACAUGCGUCUUAUCAAAAUUUGUUUUCUUCCUCAAAUGCAAAAAGCAAGUUCUUCCUGAAGAACAUAAGACGAUACAACUCUAUAUUCUCUUUUACAUCUAUGGGUGGAAAGCUUGAUUCUAAUAUCAACAAGGGCAAUGCUCCAUUUAUAUAUCGUAUCAGUGGCCAAAACUAUCAUUGCAUGGGGAGUCUCAAGCCUCCAGCUGGAAAUGAAGCUAAGUUUUGUCAGCUAUACAUACAUGAUACCGAAAAUGAAAUAACAAACAGACAGGCAUUAUUCAGCAAAAGAACCAAACCUUCAUCGCCUGCUGAUAAAGAACUUGAUGUUGAAAUGAUAGAGAUGGUCAGAAACCAUUUUCACCAAUCUCUAGAUGCCAACCUUAGUCUGCGACUAAUUUAUAGAAAAGAAAAAGACGGCAGGACAUAUAACUUACCCACCACAUCUGAAGUUGUUGCUUUGGUUGUCGGAGACAUAUAUAAAGCUAUAGACCAUCGUGAUAUCGUUGUCGAGACUCAGUCGGGAAUGCUGCAGCGUAUUAGCGAAUUACACCCAUCGUAUCUUGCUCUGCAAUAUCCAUUACUUUUCCCAUAUGGUGAUGAUGGUAAGGAAGUUUUAACAGAUACUGGAAAGCCUGUUAUACUUCCUUCUUCAUUUACUGGUGGUGCAAGAUUCAUGCAACUAAAUUACCUCGAUGCAAUGGCCUUAUGUAAGUGGUAUGGGUACCCUGAUUUCUUUAUAACUAUAACAUGUAAUCCUAAGUGGCGUGAAGUAAAAAGAUUUCUAAAAGAUUCAACCAUCAAAGCCGAAGACAGGCCUGGCAUUUUGUGUCGAUUGUUUAAAAUGAAGCUUGAUUCCUUACUCAAAGAUUUUAAGGAUUCCAAGUAUUUUGGAGAGAUUAACGCUGUUGUUUAUACAGUCGAUCACAAACUUCCAACCAUAGAUCACAUAGAUCCAUUUAUUUCUGUUGAGAUUCCCGAUAAAGAAGAAGAUCCUAAACUUUAUUCUCUUGUGACUGAUUAUAUGAUUCAUGGUCCGUGUGGGAAUGCUAAUUUGAAUUGUCCUUGCAUGGUUGAUAAAAGAUGUUCAAAAAACUUUCCGAAGAAAUUCACACCACAUACAACUAUUGAUUCAAGUGGUUUUCCUGUAUACAGAAGAAGAGAUUCAGGUCAUACAGUUAUAAAAUCUGGUGUUAGAUUAGACAACAGAAAUGUUGUUCCUUAUAACAAAAGGCUUUUGAAAAGAUAUCAAGCACACAUUAAUGUUGAAUGGUGUAAUCAAGCCGGUUCAGUGAAAUAUUUGUUCAAGUACAUUAAAAAAGGUCCUGAUAUAGCUACUGUGGUAGUUUCUGGUGAUAUAAGUUCAACCAUCAAAGAAAAGCCAAAAGACGAGAUCAAGGAGUAUUAUGAUUGUAGAUAUAUUUCAGCUUGUGAGGCAUCCUGGAGAAUAUUCUCUAAUGAGGUUCAUUAUAGGUAUCCUGCUGUUAUGAGGCUUCCCUUUCAUUUGCCCGGCCAACAGAAUGUUGUGUAUGGUGCGGAUGACGAUAUUGAUAAUGUUUUAAGUAAACCUUCUGUUGCUUCUUCAAUAUUUGUGCAAUGGAUGAAGUUGAACGAGACAAAUGAAGAUGCUAGAAAGCUGACUUAUGUUGAGUUUCCUUCCAAAUUUGUUUGGAUACUUAAUGAUAGAUGUUGGCAGAUAGGUAAGUCGUACCAGUGUGUUGGCCGUAUUCAUUCUGUAUCUCCUGCAUUGGGCGAACCUUAUUUUUUGAGGAUACUACUCAAUAAAGUUAAAGGGCCUAGAUCAUUCGAGGAGAUACGUACAGUUAACGGUCAAUUAUUCCCAACUUUUAGAGAUGCUUGCUAUGCGAUGGGACUCUCAGAUGAUGACAAUGAAUAUGUUGAGGCCAUUAAAGAAGCAAGUUUUGAAGGACAUGUUGGGUAUCUUCGAGCGUUAUUUGCUACCCUGCUUUUGUCAAAUACUCUAUCUCGGCCAGAAUUUGUUUGGGAGAAUACGUGGAAAUACUUAGCUGAUGAUAUUGUUUAUAGACGUCAAAAAGAAACAAAUAUUUCAGGUUUAUUGCUUCCUGAAUAUCAGAUUAAGAACCUUACUUUGUUGAAAAUUGAAAACUAUUUAAUUUCCAAUGGUUCAUCAUUACGAAGGUUUGUCACUAUGCCAUACCCUGAUGACAAUUCCUUACGUGAUGCUUCUAAUCGUCUAAUCAAUGAAGAGCUGUCACACGACCUAGAUGAAGUAGAAGCUGAGUUUAACAGGUUGCAUCAAUCUCUUAUAGAUAAACAACGAGCGGUUUUUGACGAAAUAAUGGAAGCAGUUGUAGGGUGUAAAGGAGGCCUUUUUUUGUCUAUGGUUACGGUGGAACUGGAAAAACCUUUUUAUGGAAGACUUUGGCUUCAGCCGUUCGAUGCAGAAAUGGAAUAG